GAAAAGGAAAUCCAAAUUGUUGAAGAAAGAAACGACAUUGAAAUAUGAAUUCCUCCUGGUCAACAUGCUAGGAAGAAGAUAUCGAGAUGUCGUGGCUUUCAAGUCCAAAAUCAGGGUCCGGGAGCCCGUCGGGAAGGCGGCUCGGUGGGAAUGGAUUGGUCGCCGUGGCCAUCGACAAAGACAAAACAAGCCAAUAUGCCAUCAAAUGGACGACCGAAAAUCUGUUGUCUAAAGGCCAAUCUGUCGUCCUCGUCCAUGUUGACAACCAAACGCAAACCUCGUUGCAGCACAAACAACAACUGGAAGCUCAAAAUAAAGACUUGUUCGUCACUUUCCAUUGCUUCUGCACACGUAAGAAUAUACAUUGCCUCGACAUUUUAAUCGACGGCACCGAUAUAGCCAAGGCGUUAACGGAUUACGUCUCCGACGCCGCAAUCGAGAAUCUGGUUCUUGGUUCAUCCCGGCACUCCUUUCUCAAAAGAUUGAAGGUGACGGAUAUCCCAACGUUAACUUCAAAAGCGGCGCCGGAUUUCUGCACUGUUUUUGUAAUUUCGAAAUCGAAAAUUUCCUCCGUGAGAAAUGCGACUCGUCCGGCUCCUUUUGCUUCGCCUCUUCACCCCCAAUUACAGGAGAUACAAGAACAGGCUCAGAACAAUCCCGACAUUCGCACCAAAAAUGCUCCCAGCAGUCUACGAUCGUUUGAUGAAAAGCAUAUGAGGUCUUUCAAGUUAGAGGAGAGUGAAUCAGUUAGCAGGCCAUCAAUUGAAAGAGCUGCUACGAGAGGCAUUCCCCCCAGGAGGAUGCUUGGGGCGGAGACGGUGGAAGGAGAUAGCGAUCUGUCAUUUGUGAGCUCCGGCAGCAGGCCAAGCGGUGAUCGGAUGUCGUCUUUUCUCAGUGAAACGGUGGAAUCUGGAAGAACUCCACGCCUAUCAUCAAGCUCAGAUGGUAGCUUUGGCUCUGGGCGUUUGGGAAAAGGAAAUGAUCUCAAUUCCUUCACUGAUUUUUCCUCCUCGUCUCUGGAAAAUGAUGAAGCGGAAGUUGAAAUGAGAAGGCUGAAGCUAGAGUUGCAGAAGACCAUGGAUUUGUACAGCACUGCUUGCAAAGAAGCACUCACUGCUAAGCAAAAGACAUCUGAGCUCCAACGGUGGAGGGUUGAAGAGGAAAGAAGGAUAAAUGAGGAAGAAGUGAAUGAGAAAUCUAAGAGCAGUGUGACCUCAGAGACCAAAAAGACAGGAGGGGGUGAAAACAUGCCAGUGCCUGUAAGAUAUAGAAGAUAUACUAUCGAUGAAAUCGAAGAAGCCACAGAACAUUUCUCAGAAUCUCGCAAGAUUGGGGAAGGAGGAUAUGGCCCCGUGUUUAAAUGCAUUCUUGAUCAUACUGCCGUUGCUGUUAAGGUCUUGCGCCCUGAUGCCGCCCAAGGAAGGGAACAGUUUCAGCAAGAGGUUGAGAUACUAAGUUGCAUGAGACACCCUAACAUGGUAAUGCUUCUUGGAGCCUGCCCGGAGUAUGGCUGUCUGGUGUAUGAAUAUAUGGCUCAUGGCAGCGUGGAUGACCGGCUGAUGAACCGAGGAAACAAGCCUCCACUCUCAUGGCAAGUGAGGUUUAGGAUUGCAGCAGAGAUGGGUACUGGCCUCUUGUUUCUGCACCAGAACAAACCGGACCCAAUAGUGCAUCGCGAUCUCAAACCAGGCAACAUUCUGUUAGAUCAGUACUAUGUGAGCAAGAUUAGUGAUGUUGGGUUAUCGAGGCUGGUGCCACCAUCAGUAGCUGAAGGUGUAACGCAGCUGAGAAUGACCUCGGCUGCUGGGACCUUCUGCUACAUAGACCCCGAGUACCAACAGACCGGAAUGCUUGGGGUGAAGUCCGAUGUUUAUUCCUUUGGCAUUGUGCUUCUCCAGUUGCUGACAGGCAAGGCAGCAAUGGGCAUAUCUCACCACGUUGGUCGUGCCAUCCGGAAUGGAGCAUUCUCGGAGAUACUAGACCCCGUUGUUUCUGACUGGCCAGUUGAAGAGGCCCUGACCAUGGCAAAAUUGGCCCUCCAAUGUGCAGAGCUCAGAAGAAAAGACAGACCAGAUUUGGGCAAAGAAGUGUUGCCACAACUUGACAGAUUGAAAGCUUUAGCAGAUGAUAGUAUCAGUCAUUCCUUGGUUAAUGGCUGUGCAGUUUCCUCCCCCUGUCAUAGUCCGGCUUAUGCAACACAAGAAGUAUUAAGUAACUCACAACUAUACUCAGAAUUCAAUAACCCAUUGAGCCAAUCAAGCUCUUCAAUGUCAACAGCAGACCAAUCAGGUCCUGCCUGAUUCAAAUUCACCACAUACAGCUUAGCUAUUCACUGUGUUAGAGGAGAAGGAAGCUCAGGCUGGAAUGCCAUUGAAGCUUAUUAUAUAUAUAUAUAUAUAUAUUCCCACAGAUUGAUUAGGAUGUUAGUGUAAAUCUCAGACAAUUUUUUGAGGAACAUUUCAGUAGAAGAAAUCUACACUAAUGUUUUGAACCAGUAAAUACCUUUCAUGUGAACAAUAGGGAAAUAUUACACUGUGGAUAUUCUUUUGUAUGUAUGUAUGAUAUAAUGUAUUCCUUUGUACAUAUAGUGAGAAUGAGCAUUGAACUUGGCUUAUGCAA